AUGGCAUCAAAGAGCAACCUCAGCGACGCCCGAAAAAGCACCAGAUGGCAGUCGCUGAGGUCUACCAUGAGAGCUCCCCAUGCUUUCGAGAUGGACCCGCGUGGCGACCUAACAUUGGAGGUCGGCAGCAACACCAACGCUGAUGCAAACGACGAGGAGUUUGAAGAGGACGAGGGCAAUAACGAAGAUGGAACCAGGCAGCUGUUCCGCGUCUGCUCCAAGUCCUUGGCCCGUUCUUCCGUCGUUUUCUGCAAGAUGCUCUUCGGACACUUUUCCGAGACGGACCAGGGACUUGUCUCUCUCCCGGACGACCACAUCGAGCCGAUGUUUCUCGCCCUGUUGAUCAUUCACGGUCGCUUCGCCAAGGUCCCCUCCUUCCUGACAAUCGAAGAACUGUUCGAGCUCGUAAUCAUCACGAACAAAUACGACAUGACUAACAUCGUCCGACCUUGGAUCAACAACUGGGUGCCUCGACUUAAGGGAAUCGAGCUGUGCCCGGACAAGGACCUUCUUGCCUGGAUUGCCUGGGAGGUUGGCGCCGACAGAGUCUUUGAGAAGAUGGCGCUUGAUAUCGCUUAUGAGUGCCGCGUCAACAAGGAUGGAGACAUCCUCGACACUGACGGCAAGCUUAUGAAGACGAACAUCUACCUCGAUGCUGCCGGCAUACUUGACACGAUUGCUCGCGCCAGAAACAAGGCUAUCUCCGGAAUGUUUUACCCUCUGCGGCUAGGUGUCAAAAAGAUUUUGGAAGGAAACGGUUGCUCGUCGAUCGAGGACAAGGUCAGGUGUGACAGCACAGUACUUGGCUCCAUCAUCAUAGCCUGCAAGGCGGCCAACGUUGAUCCAGCGCCUCUUCUUGCCGGCAAUACCCCGCCCUACUUGGGCAGCGUCCGAGAACUGACAGCCGAAAUCAAACGCAUGGAGUUCACUAACGUCGACUCUCAUCUUUGCAACACCAUCCUCGCCGCUAAAGUAUCCGCCGAUAUCAUUUUCACCAGGACCACUUCACUCGUGUCGCUGAACGAGCUUGAUCACCUUGAGAAGCGUGCGAAGAUUUCUGGAUGGACUCGGCUGAAUUAA